GGCGGUUUAGACGCUAUCUUCUAUCACCAUAAGAAAGAGCAUGGAGAAGGACAGGUGCUGUUCCGGUUCCCUACCAAUCACGCGGAUCGUCCACUGCACAGUCUUAGCAGCAAGCUGUUGCAGCACCAGUUCCUACGGAAUACCGAACAGCAGUUGCACGAGAUGCUCCAAUGCCAGCUUCCGGCUUACAUGGUUCCCCAGACAAUCACUAUCCUUGACACAAUGCCAGUCAACUAG